AUGGCUAAUGUUUCGUCAACCAAAGAAAUUCCUUCGAAGAUGGCUUCGAAUGGAAACUCGAGCAAUGUAAGUGAAGUUGCUGGCCAGGCUCGGGGGCUAGGCCAGGAGCAGCUUCGCAUUCUGGAUGUCAUCGACAGUCUGCGGUCCGCCACGCCCGAGGAUGUGAAGCUGCCACAGCUUGUCGUGGUCGGAGAUCAGUCGGCCGGCAAGAGCUCCGUCCUUGAUGCCAUUUCCGGCAUCCCAAUCCCUAAAGAUCCUGACGGCUGUACAAGAUUUGCAACCGAGUAUCGUUUACGCCGUGGCACUGACAACAUCUCCGUCGGCAUUAUUCCAAGCAAAAGCCGGAGUCCUGAGGAUAAAGAUAAAUUUUCUCAGCUCCGCUGGCCGAUAACAGACAAAGAUCAGCUCAGCGACUGUAUCAAGAAAUGCGAGGAUGCCAUCUUUGACGGCGAUAAGACUGGCUCGGGGAGAUUUGCCUCGCGCGAUAUCAUGACGAUAGAUAUCUGCGGACCGACAAUGCCAUUGCUUACGCUGAUUGAUCUUCCGGGUUUUAUCCAUGCAGCAAACAGCAAGCAGACUAAAGACGAUAUUGCGGCCAUCAACGAGAUUGCAGUGGAUUAUAUGAGCAGGCCGCGGACUGUGAUACUGGCUGUUGUUGCGGGAAGCACUCAUUAUGCUACCCAAGUGGUCUUGGAUAAAGUUUCCGAGUGCGACAAAGGAGGUGUCCGGACGCUCGGUAUCGUCACGAAGCCCGAUUUAUUGUCGAAUGACGUUGUACUUGAGGACAAGUUCUUGAAGCUAGUGAAAAAUGAGGAUAUCAAGCUCAAACUAGGCUGGCAUGUCCUGCGAAACCGAACCCCACAUGAGAUGGAGAUGAACAUGGAGACCGAUGUUCGUAACCAGAAAGAAGAAGAGUUCUUCACCCAAGGCAAAUGGAAAACGCUGCGAGCUGACGCACGUGGUGUUGAGUCCCUGGUCGCCAAAUUGAGUGACUUACUCUUUGAACACAUCAAAGGCUACUUGCCUCAACUAUUGAAAGAGAUACAAGAGGGACUUGCGCGCUCUGAGGAAGAGCUUGACGCCCUGGGACAUCGUGUCGACACUGUACCGGAAAUGAAAUCAGAGGUAUCGAAGCUCUUCUCUCGCUCUCAAAGCCUCAUAAAGUCUGGCAUCAAUGGUCAUUACCUUGACCAACGUGGCUUUUUUCACAUAGGAGACAAUGAGAGUUUCACACAGAUAUCGCCUCAAAAUCUCCGUGCGCGCAUCAGGCGGGAGAACAUCGAGUUUGAGAAAGAGAUGAGAACUCGUGGCUGCCAGGUGCGCCUUGUCGGUAAGGGUGUGCCAGAUAGGGAGUACGACAAUCCCGAGGAUGCCGACUCAGAGGACUCGCCUUUACGUGUGAAGAUGGAGGAUUACGAGACAAAAACUGUGCAGAGAUAUCUCUAUGCAUAUGUGGGACAGCAAUUACCUGGUGACUACGACCCAUCGAUUGUCUUUCUGUUGUUUACCAAUUACUCGGCCAAGUGGGACAAGAUCGCUCAUAACCACCAGGACAAGGUGCAGGGCAUCGUCACUCAGUUCCUACAGCAGGUUGUGAAUCAUGUCUGGCCGCAACGCAUGCGAGCGCACCUAUGGUCGGCGCUUCUGAACAAAAAGGUUGAAGCGCUCCAAACUCGAGCCAAGGAAGAACUCGAGAGGCUCUUAUUGGACCGUCGGAGGUGCCACCCGAUCUACGGUCCCGAGUAUUUUAGGCGGCUAAAGGAGUUGCAAGAUCGUUCCGCAUCCGAAAAAGUAUCGCCAGCUGGAGAGAUUGUACAAAGGAUGUUGGUGUAUUACGAGCUUGCCUCCAAUAUCUUUAUAUCCAACGUCAUAGUGCAGGUGGCUGAGCGACAUCUCAUUGACGGACUACGUACUGUCUUUGACAUAUCAGAGUUGAUCCAGAUGGACGACCAGACAUUGACCAGCCUAGCUGCAGAAGACGAGCACAACAAAACCAAACGAGAAGAUCUAGAACGGAAAGUUACAGGGCUGAAGAAGGCUCGCGAUGACUGCCUAGCAAUCACUAGGGCGAAUAUCCAGAAACCAAAAACAGUAUGA